AUGGAAUAUUUUUGCAAGUUUGGAGCAAUUGAGCAGAUCCUGCUGGUCAAGCCUAACGACGAUACACACGAAGGUCCUGCCACCGGAUAUGUAUACUUCGCAGAAGCAAGUGCUAUUGAGAAAGUUGUGACAUCGGGUCCUCAUACCAUUGGAAAUGCCCAGCUGGUGAUUAGGCCCAUGCGCAAGGGUGAUCCGCACACGGAGGAGAGUUGGGAGCUGUGA